AAGAAAAAUAAAAAAAGAAUUGUGAAGUAAGCAAGUGACAGAAGGAAAAAAAGACUCAAAGUACAAUAACUGAUCCGAAACAAACGAAAAAAGCGGAAGAUCAUGCAAACUUACACUUCAAAUCUUUUUUUUUUUUUUUUUUUUUUUUCUUUCUUUCUCAAUUCAUGCUUCUUACAUUAAUAAUAUAAGUUUUUUAUUUUUAAUUUUUUUCCAUUAAUUCAUUUAUUCAUUCAUGCUAUCUCUUCAAGUUCUUCUUCAUGGAUUCCUCUCUCACUAACCUACUUCUCUUCAACAACACCAUUCAACCAGAGUUGAUUAGAAGUGUGCAUGUGUACCGUGAAUGUGAUGAUGAUGAUGAUGUUGUUGAAGAAAGGGAAGUUGAAAGAGAGUUUGUUUUUUCUGAGAGUGGUUCCUAUGUUGAAAUGCAAGCUACCCCAAUUCUUAAUUUGAUGAAAUCUCGUCUCUUUCAAGAGGUUUUUGAAGGGUAUAUGAAUGGAGUGUGGCUUUGUAUCUUUGCUUUUCAUGCUUUUAACACCCCUCCAUUUUCUCACAUUCCAACCCUUUUCUUGCUCACAAGUUGCGUAAUGAUGCGGUCAUUGCAGUUGGGCGAUAUUUUCCAUUGGAUGAAGAUGGAUGACUUAAAUCCAAAGCUUCAAGCUAUUCCAAACUUGCUUAAUGAUCUCCAAAUGAUAUACAAGUUGGACCCAAAGGAGGAACACAAAGAUACACCAGAGAAAAAAGUCUUGCCUGUGCUUGAUCAAGACCUCAAUUGUCUCCCUUUUGAAGAAGACGAGUCCGAGUUACCAGAUGAUGAGACAGAUGUUGAAAGUUCAUCAGGUUCGGCAGGAAAGAAAAAGAGGGCACCUAGUGACCAUGUAGCGAAAAUUACUUUAUCAGAUUUGGUCAAGUACUUCGAUAUGCCGAUUGUAGAAGCGUCGAAAAAUCUAAAUGUUGGGCUUACUGUUCUCAAAAGAAAGUGCAGAGAAUUCGGNAUUCCUCGCUGGCCUCAUAGGAAGAUCAAAUCACUUGACAGUCUCAUUCAUGAUCUUCAGGAAGAGGCUAAACAUCAGGAAAUGGAGGAUAAAGCUGCAGCAAUGGCAGUGAUAAGGAGGCAAAAGAUGUUGGAAAAUGAAAAGGAAAACAUAGAGAAGAAACCCUUCAUGGACAUACAAAGUGAGACAAAGAGAUUCAGGCAAGAUGUUUUCAAGAGAAGGCACAGAGCUAGAGCUAUUGAAAAACAUAAUUCUACAGUAGCAAGCACUUAAUUACAUCACCUUUUUGAAAAAUCAAACAAAGAGAAACAAAUCCACACUUUGCAAGUUGUAGAUUAACACUUAAACCUGUACAACUCUUCUAAUUGGUCAUUGACCUUUAGAAUUAUGCUUUGACUUGUGUAUGUGGAUUGCAAUGUUUAUAGUCAACCUCUAGUAUCUUUAGAACUCAA